AGUAGACAUUUCUGUGUUGUUUUUUGCCUUGUUCCUGACUGAAAAAGUAUGCAUCUUUGUAAAAUGGAGUAGAUAACGUGGCGUGCGUGCAGUGAUUAAGACGCAAGCGACGUUAGGCGUAACAUGCAUGGAAAUUAACACGGAAAUAUCGCAAAGAAAUAUACAUUAUUUUCACAGGCUCGUGGAUUUGUUUUUGAAUUUGAUCGUACACAGGCGGAGGAGUUGUUAUAUUUUUCAAAAUGGAUAAUUUCUACAACCACGGCGAUGGCGAUCCCAUGUCCAUCAUGGAUAUGAUUACUUGCGAUGACAGGCACGAAAUGGAUAAUUUAUUCGUUUUGCAUUCGGAUUCUGACAGGCAUGAAACCGAUUUGAAAAUUGAAAACCCCGGUCUUCCGGAUUUCGACAACAUUCUGCCAGAGAAUACCUCAGAUAUGGACGAUUUGGAGUGGCUUCAAAACGCAGCCAUGGACCAGCUGAACCAAGCUGUGCACGAAUCGGAAAACACGGACCCCAAUUUAUUAGUGAAUCCGCGAACUGUCAUUCCAAUCCACUUGCAGCAAACGUCAUCCCAACAGGUGCGAGACGCAAUGUUGACUGACAGUUGUAACAAUGUUACACUUACCGUGAACAAUGUAACAACAUCGCAAGUUCAGAGUGCUGUCCAAUCGCUAGCCAGUCUCAACUCUAAUAACAAUGAUGAAAUGGACACUGGUUAUAAUAUUACACGUGUGACACUACCUGGUCAGUCGGGCAGUAAGAAUGUCAUGUCUCCUUCCCUUAGCUCCCCAGUGUUAGUAGGCCAUUUACAAAACGGACCACAGAUGAAUCAUAAAUCUUUUGUGACUGCAACAUCCCAGAGUGACCAGCCACAAGAGAAAGUUUUUCCCAAACCAGUAUUUUCUUACAGCUGUCUAAUUGCUCUUGCUUUGAAAAACAGUGAAAGUGGAAACUUGCCUGUCAGUGAGAUAUAUAGUUUUAUGAUAGAAAACUUUCCGUACUUCAAGACUGCACCAGAUGGUUGGAAGAACUCUGUCCGUCACAAUUUGUCCCUGAACAAGUGCUUUGCGAAGGUGGACAACCCCAAGUUGAGUGCUAGUGCUAAGAAGGGCUGUUUGUGGGGGCUGAACCCUGCCAAGGUGGUCAAGAUGGAGGAGGAGAUUUCCAAGUGGGGGAAGAAAGACCUCCCAGCUCUCCUCAAGAGUAUGGCUUUUCCAGAAAACUUAGAAGCAAUAGAGAAAGGAGAAGCAGGUUUGCGUUCCCGAGAGAAAAAGUCCCAAUCAAAGUUUACGGACACGUCAGUGUCUAAUAUACCUUCACAAACAUUGCCUGUGACGCCCAAGAAACAAGUGCACAGAGACUCGAACCAGAACACACACUAUGUGACAAUAUUAAACCAGUCAAUUAAAAUGGAGCCUGCAUCACUGGAUUCAAGUUUUUCUCUUGACCCGUCUUUAGCAGACACAGCUGUUCAGAAUGGACUCUGGGAUGAGGACCUGGUGUCAAAUUUCGGCAUGGACAGCGCUUCCUCGAUGUCUGUCAACCUGAGCUCCCCCCUCCUGCAGUCCGGUUCCCCCGUGCCUUAUACGAUGUCCUCAGGUAUAUUUGGUUCCAACGCGUCCAAUCAGAGACCAGCUCACCUGUACAGUUCUAGUCCUGUUCUGCUUGGAACCUCAUCUCCGUCCAGUCUAGGAACCAGCUUAAUUAACGUGACAUCCCCGGCAAGGACACUGUUCGCAAGAUAAUAUAUUCCAUUUGUGUUGUGUUGUUCCAUUAUUCCUGUCUGCCAUGUGUUUUCAUAGAUUAUAGUGCACGACAAAAUAAAUGGCAUAUAUGUUAAUACCAGUAAUUUUUCUACUUGAGGAAGUAAGACAGAAAAAUUGUAUUUAUGAUUAAAAGUAAAUGGCAACAGUUUUAAACAUUUUGUUAAAGAGCUUAAAAAAGUAAAUAAUCAUGAAAUUAUAUAUAUAUAUUUUUUUAAUAUAUAUCUUGUUUUAAUUCCUUUGCAUACUUAAUUUACUUAAGUAUAUUCAUUUAACAGUUAGUUUUUGCAAAGAUAAGCACACCAAACCUGUAAGAAGUACACAUAGUAAUUCAAUAAGGACAUUACAAUGCCCAAUUUUACCUACAAUAAAAUAUCAAAACCCAUUGUCUACAUCUGUCAAAGCAGUAAUUUAUUGUGCCUUUAAUGUCUUAUCAAUUCAGAGCAAUUGAGUUUUAGCCUGUGCCUUCUGAAAGUCGUGUACUAUAAUCUGUAUUUAAUUAUGUAGACAAAAACUAAUGUUUGAGUCUGAAAACUUGUAGAUUUUGGGGGUUUUGAGGGCAGAACAUAAUUUAUAUGUCUAUAAUCUGAAGGUUGAUCCAUCAGUUUUGUUUUUUGUGUGUAGUAAGUCCAAGAAGUUUUCUGAGGUACAAAUCUUAAACUCCAAGGCUUUCUGUUUUCUAAGGUUAGAAUAUGGAGCUUUUCUGUUUUCUGAGGUUAGAACAUGGAGCUCUUUUGUUUUCUGAGGUUAGAACAUGGAGCUCUUUUAUUUUCUGAGGUUAGAACAUGGAACUCUUCUGUUUUUUGAGGUUAGCUGAAACUUAAAGCUGUUUUAUUUGAGGCAUGAACAUAGAGUUGAUUUAUAUUCCAAGUUGCAAUAAGUCUUGGAUGAUUGAUUCAUCAUAUUGGUGCAUUUUUUUCAUUUCAUUAAUCAGUGCUUUUACUACUUUUGACUAACAAAAGUUUGACUAAAUAAUAACAUUGUGUACAUUUUUGUUUCAUAAAUAAUAUUAAUAGGAGGCAAGUUGUUGAUGACAACAUUUAGUUUGCUUCUUUGUAGCUGUUUUUAGUACUACGUCCUUUUGCCGUACAAGUUGGCCAAUUCUUUAAAUUUCCUACUGUUAGUUUAUUGAGUAAUGUGUCAUUUUAAUCUAUCCAGCUGUUAGGUAUAUUUACUAUAUUUUAAAAGCUCACUCACUCCCAUCCCAACUAAAAAAAAGAAACAAAAUUGUAUUGGCUUAAUGCUCAAAACUGUUUUAAGAAGUUGCUCAAAUUAGAAUUUUCUAGUUUUAUUGUCGCCACGAUCUAUAAAGACUGAGUUUCCUUCAAAUGCUUGUUUUACAAUGAAUUUUUAAAACAUUUUAUUUUACAACUUCAUCAGUAUUAUAUGGAUACCAUUAAAGUGAUUGAAAUUGUGUACAAAACUUCAAGAGAAACUUGGCUGCAAUAUUUUAUCUGAUUGGCUGAGUUUGACAACUGCUUUGAUGUUUAGAAUCUUCUAGGUUUUAGGAGUCAUUCCAUUCUAUUUAAUGCAGUUAAUUUUGAUAUCCUCCUUUAAAUCUUUAUGUAAACAAAUGUUUCAAGAAAUGCCCAAGUUAGGUAUGACUUUAUUAUUGGAUACCAGUUUCAUUUCAUAUGACUAUUGCCCUUGCACUAUAAUUUCCGAAAAACUGCUGACUCUUUAUAAACAGUUCAUAAAUUAAAUUUUUAUACCUUUUAAGCAGGUUACAGGGAACAUUUUCUUCAGUAUAGUGUCGUGAUUCAUUGGAGAUCCUACACAAUUUUAAAACAUUAAACAGUAGUUGCUAAUCAAUUUUCAAUUGAUUAGAAAUAUCACUGAUAAAAAUAUUUAGCUGAUCAGUGUUAAUGGUUGUAUUUUAUCCUGCAAUUUUCUGCAUAUGCAAGUCACUUUGCACAUACAUGAAAAUGUAUUAUGGUAAUAGUUCAGCAAGUUUAGGAUACUUAACAUUGUAAUAUUCUAAAUGGCCAAAAGCAAAAGGAACAACAAGUAGACAAAAAAUUAGUUACCAGUACACCCAUUCCAACCCCAGUAGUCCUAACUUCUUAAAGGGACAUACCCUAGUUUUUAAACACUAAGGCAUAUUUUUUUUACUAUUAGAGCCUGUUUUUUGACAACUGAAAUCAUACUUUACUUAGAUUGUAUUGUUUAUAUUAUCCAUUUCC